AUGACCCAAGCCGGCCAUUACAUUUCCAUCUCCGAGAAAAAUAAGAGACUUAUCCUUGCUAUUUUUGCUUCUUUCUUACUUGUUGGCACUAUAAUUGCCAUUGUCGCUGGUGUAAAUUCACACAAAAACUCCACCAAAAAUGCGGCUGCUCAUGCCCUACUAAUGGCCUCAUGCAGCUCCACAAGAUAUCCUGAUUUGUGCUACUCAACUCUUGCCAGUGUCCCUGGAGUUGCCGACAAUCUGGCUGUUCCAAAAGAUGUUAUUCUACUAUCCAUAAACAGUACAAGAGAUGCUAUUAAAAGAAACAUCUUCCUAGCGGAUAAGUGCCAAGCCACCAGUAAACGACUCACGGAACAACAAAAGACUGCUCUUGCUGAUUGUAUGACGAAUUACAACAGCGGUCUUGCUGAUUUAGACAAGGUUUCAGAGGCACUCGCCAAAAACGACAGAGAACUUCUUCAUCAACAACAAUACGCUGAUGAUCUCAAAACCCAACCGUGUAGGGUCAUGGAUUCCUAG